GCCAGGCAGUCGAGGAUUGCCGUGACAGCCGCUCCUUCGAACCGUUUUUGGGAUCCACUCUUGCAGCUCGUCUGCCCCGUGCUCGAGCAUUUCAUCUCAUUUAUUGAUCUGGUCACCGCUGCCUGUUGUUGCUUCCGGUCCCCCUCCCUAUUCUUCUGCAUACACCUCAGUCACCUUUGCCGGAUUACAGGACUGGUUUUCCGCCAUCAUGAAUGCUCAAGACAGGGCGAUGGCCGAUAAUGAGCGUGAUGCUUCGCCCGAGAGAUUUGGUCCUAUCGAACGCCAUGAAUCACACGAACCGCCUAUAGCCACAAGACAUUCCCAUGCAUCGUCUCAUUCUGGAAGCUCGGUCAGGUUACAGGAAAUGGGCAGAAACAUUUCAAGAGUCGAAACACAAUAUGAAAACGAGGCAGAUCUGGAAAGACAUCCUACUGCAUUGAGCAGAAUCCAGACUGGCAGGAGUCAACACAGUGCUACAGUCGGAGCAAAUGGUGCAGAUAGUACAAGUUUUGGAGUCUUCCGAACAAGGUCCUCUAAGGCUAGCAAGCCUUUGCCUGCCUUUGGUGGUGGUAAACCUUAUCCUCCACCAUUACCGGAAAGAGAGGAAUAUGUAGUCGAAUUCGAUGGUCCCAAUGAUCCAAUGCAUGCCCAGAAUUGGCCAUUCAAGAAGAAGCUCCCCGUUGCUGCUUCUCUAGGCUUCGUUACAUUGACUGCUGCUUUCGGUUCCUCCAUCUUUUCCUCUGCCACUAGCACUGUCGCCCGCGAAUACAACGUCUCGACCGAAGUCGGCAUUCUUGGUAUCUCACUCUAUGUACUCGGUUUCGCUACUGGUCCCAUUCUAUGGGCGCCGAUGUCAGAACUCUACGGACGUCGUCUCCCCCUUCUCAUCUCCUCCUUCGGCUUCUCUAUCUUCUGUAUCGCCGUGGCCGUUGGUAAAGAUCUCCAAACUAUUCUCAUUUGCAGAUUCUUCGGUGGUUUUAUGGGCGCUUGUCCUCUCACCGUCGUCGGAGCCGUGUUCGCCGACAUGUUCAACAACGCUCAGCGAGGUGUCGCCGUCACAGUAUUUUCCAUCGCAGUCUUCUCGGGACCUCUGCUCGCGCCUUUCAUCGGAGGUUUCAUCACGACCUCGUAUCUCGGAUGGCGAUGGACCGAAUACAUCACAGCUAUCAUGGGAUUUACUGGUCUGGCCCUCUUGAUAUUCCUUCUAGAAGAGACUUACCCACCCGUUAUCCUUGUCAACAAGGCCGCCGAGCUCAGACGUAGAACCAAGAACUGGGGCAUUCACGCAAAGCAGGAAGAAAUCGAGAUCAACCUGCGUGAAUUGGUUGAGAAGAACUUGGGUCGACCCAUGCGCAUGCUUUUCACAGAGCCCAUCGUCUUGCUCUUGUCGAUCUAUAUGGCAUUCGUUUACGGUCUUCUCUACUUAUUCCUGACCUUCUACCCGAUCGUGUUCCAGCGUGUACACGGAAUGUCUCCUGGUGUUGGUGGUUUGCCAUACUUCGGUAUGAUCAUGGGUGAGAUCUUUGCUGGUGUCUACAUCGUCAUCGAUGUACCGUCGUACAAUCGCAAGCUGAAGGCGAACAACAACAUCCCCAUUCCGGAAUGGCGUCUUCCCCCAGUCAUCAUUGGCGGUGUACUGUUCGGCGUUGGUCUACUUUGGUUCGGCUGGACUGGCUACCGCGCAGACAUUCACUGGAUUGCUCCAACUUUGAGUGGAUUCUUUACAGGCUUCGGCAUCAUGUCCAUCUUCCUUCAAUGCCUCAAUUAUCUCAUCGACAGCUACCUCAUGUUCGCCGCUUCUGCCAUCGCUGCCAAUACCUUCCUCCGUUCCCUGUGCGGUGCUGGAUUCCCACUUUUUGCCACGUACAUGAUCAACGGUAUGGGCAUCCAAUGGGCUGGUACUUUGCUUGGCUGCUUUGCAUUCUGUCUGGUUCCCCUGCCCGUCUGGUUCUACCUGAGGGGAGCUCAGAUCAGAAGCAAGAGUUCGUUUGCUCCUACAUUCCCUAUUGCCAACAAGGCAUCCGCCAACCCGGACCACGAGCCUACAUCGCCUGAGAACGGCUCUGUUGCUGCAGUCGACCUUGAGAAACAGGCCUAAACGCCUGUCUUGUUAGGUUUUAUUCUUCAUUAUUUCUUUUUCUCACAAAUAGAUUCCAAUGCAUAGCGGCAGGAGCGAAAGGUUCAUAUACCGGAGUUCACAUGUACCGGAUUUCACCUAUGAUACACUAUUCUAUUGACUUUUAAUCACAAUUGGUAUCGACACCCUAUACCCCACCACGCGACCCGUCGUUUUGGAGUUGACGAUGCCGACUGUGGAAACCAUGCCGAAGUACUUCUGUAACCAGUUGUAGGAUGUGCAUAUGCAUGCAUGGCUUGGCGCAGGAAGGUCUGCAUCCCAUCUGACCAUUUCCCAGGUAACAAUACGAUACUUAUAUGGUGUCGAAUUAUCUAUCAGAUGAUCUUGCGGGCGCAAGCAUUCUAGACG